UUCAACGUCAUUCACUCAGCAGCAGCAACGGUGACAAAAUUAUGAUGUGUUUUGGGUAGAAUUCAGUUUGCUGAGUGGUAAUUAUAGUCCAGAGGAAAAAUCAAUCAUGACUAAUAACAUUGUACCAAGAACAAACAUUGUAAUAACAGUCCAUUAUUUUCAACAACAAAAAAACAUAAAUUCUACAUUUAUUUCAUAAUUUAUUUAGGCCUACCAUUUUUACAUUUGCUCAAAAUUGAAAGCUGCAUCAGUUCUCAGCGAAUGAAUGACCACAAUCAUGAUGACGACUCGACCAUUUUCCUGUUGAUGCAACUGGAUAGUCCCCGACUUUAAUCCUUUUAUCACUUGUCCUUGUCUAAACAGUCAUUGCUGUUGAUUCGGUCGAGAUAAGGUUCGUGGACGCUCCUCCUAAUAUGUUGCUGCUUUUGCUCUUGGUAGUUUGUGGUCACGCGCCGCAGUCCGGUGUGCGGGGGAAGUGCUUUUAUCAGCUCUUGUGAACCUCUUAGAAACGGACUUUCUUUGACUCUCGGCUGUGUCUUUGAUUGUCGUUUAUUUCUGCCUAUCCCUACUCUUUUUUUUAAGGCUACUGGAAAAUCGAAGGCAGCUGAACUGAGCAUACCUUUUGAGGAGCCAAGGACCGUUGUAAAACCGUGGUCUGUCAGUGGUCAUUUUGGAAGGCUUCACAUUGGCUCGUGAACGAUGAAAUUUAACAUAGUUUUGGAACAUUUGUAUUUACUAAUUUUACUCCCUAAUGCAAUGUUUUGUCAAACAGUGCUUCCCCCAGAAUGUGCUCCGGGGGGUCACUCUCUGCUCCAGAACCCAUACCGCAGCACCAGUUUCAGCUCCCGCAGCCUGCAGCAGUCAGCCCUCCAAGACUUCAUCUGUGACCAUUCCCUCAUACCAGGCUGGUACCAGUUCCAGAUCUUUGACAAGCCCGCCAGCAUGCCCACACAAUGUGUGGAGGUGAACCACUGUGGGACCCAGGCCCCAGUCUGGCUGUCUUUGGGGGAGGGUGAGAGUCUUCCGCGGCCCCUGGAGGUGACACAGCUGACGGCCUGUGCCACCUGGCAGUUCUUCCUCAGCAGCAGUAAGGACUGCUGCCUGUUCCGCAUCCCUGUCACCGUGCGCAACUGUGGAGACUUCUACGUCUACCUGCUCCAGCCCACCCAGGGUUGCAUGGGCUACUGCGCACAGGAGAUGUCAGACUCUGCGGCUGUGGUCUGUGGUCCUGACGAGGUGGAGGUUGAUGGAGCGUGUAAAGCCAAACAGCCUCCUUCCCCAGCGGUACCUGUGAUAGUAGCAGAGCUCUCUGGGAGCAUCGUCUACCUGAAGUGCAGCUUCGAGGGCCAUAGCGUGAACAGCUCCCUAGGCUAUGUGGUUGCCUGGUCUCGCCUCUCCCCCCAAGGCAUCAAAGAGGAACUGAAACAAGAGAUUACUGUCCAAACCGUUGCCUUCAUCGAGCUGGACGGGAUCAACCUCCGACUGGGGGACAAGAUUUACUGCAGUUGCUCCAGUUUUUUCGUGGACUCGCCGGACAUCCAGGGAGCCCCAGCGGAGAGCGAAGAGUUCUUCGCUGGGAUCAGGUUGAGACCCGAGGUGACUACUGUGUCUGAGGAUGGGAAGGACUAUGAGUUGACUGUGGAGAGUACCAUCCCUGUCCCCUGCCCUGACGGUGCCUCCUUCUCCUCCACCACAGAGCAGUGUACUCUCUCCUUACACCUGAGUACAAGCAAUCAAGGAGACGAUCUGCUGGGUCCAGACGUGGUGUUGACGUCGUGCCGGGUGGAUCUCUCCCAGAGCCUGGGGUGUCGUAACGGGGUGUGUAGCCAGGCCCUGGUUCACCUCAGCGCGGUCACAGACUUCCUCAGGGACGGGAACAGGACAACACAGAUCUUUGUCAAACCCAUCGUCACAUCCAACUUCCUCUGGAGCGGCUACACACCACAGAGUGUGCAGAUCACAGUGACGGAUGUUCCCUCUGCAUACUGCUACUCUUUCACUGAUCCUCACAUCAUCACGUUUGAUGGCAGGCAGUAUGACAACUAUCAGAUCGGGACGUUUGUGUUGUACAAGAGCACGAGGCAGCCGUUCGAGGUUCAUGUGCGCCAGUGGGAGUGCGGGAGCGUUGUCCACGGCGCCUCGUGCACGUGCGGCUUCGUGGCGAGACACGGCGGUGACGUCAUAGCCUUCGACAUGUGCAAUGGAGAGCUGGGGGACACCAGGCCGCACCUGUCGGUGAAGAACAGGGACGUGGGCAAGAGUGGCUUUCGCAUCACUGAGUCUUACCAAGGACGCAAAGUCACAAUGACCUUCUCGUCUGGGGCAUUUGUGCGUGCCGAUGUGUCUGACUGGGGCAUGAGUCUGACCCUGAGGGCCCCCAGCUCAGACUGGAGCCAAACCCAGGGCCUGUGUGGGACGUAUGACGGACAGACCCACAAUGACCUCCACACAGCAGGGGGCGCAGCGCUGGACAACGAAGACGUAGCAGCCUUCAUCUCUGAAUGGAAACUCCCUCCUGGUGGCAGCUUGUUUGACACCGUUCCGUCCUAUCAGAGCGCCCCAAACCCUCGCAGGUACUGUAACUGUGAAGAGGAGUCCCACCCCACGUCCCCGCGAACCAGGUCUCAGCCAAUCCCUGGCUCCGACUCCUCCUGUUCUCACCAUGGCAACGUGAGACUAAACAGUAUCAUCCCCACUCUGGAUGUCACUGCCGAAUACAUCAACUCAGUAGAGCUGUUCAAAGGCCACCACGACCACCCCUCAGGAAACUCCAAAGAGAACGGCCGGGCCGAGGACACCGCCGCCCAGCCUGUAGAGAGAGGCUCUACCCUAAUGGGCUCCAGCCAUGGAGCCAACAACCAGAGGAGCCGUGGAAGGCGCCAGUCCUACCAGUUCUUCCCCGACACGCCCUACCAGAGCCUGAGCCAGUCCGACCUGGAGGGCUUCACCUACUUCUUCUCAGAGGACCACGAGCUGACGGCCCGGCCCGAGUCCUCCCCUCCCCCCGCCUGGCCCACCCUGUCUGGGCUAACACAGCUCCAGGCCAGGGUGCAGUGCCAGCGGGCGGUGGCUAACUCCAGCAUGGCCCUGGGCUGCAGCCGGCUCUUAGGCCCGGCCAUAGUGAGCCAGGCGGUGGCUAUGUGCGUCAGCGACCUCCAGCUAAAGGACGACCGGGCCUGGGUGGGCGCCACUCUGCCUCUGCUUGAGAACGAGUGUGAGAGGAGGCUAGUGGAGGAGAGGGGGAGAGAGGAAGAGCACCAGGACAUACUGUCCUUCCUCAAGUGUCCUAAUCUAUGUAAUGGGAAUGGGCAGUGCUCCAAGUUGGGGUGUGUGUGCUUCCCCGGGUUUGGGCCCUAUGACUGCAGCAUUAUCUCUGACCAGACUCCAGAGAUCACAGAGCUGGAGAACGAGGGACUGUGUGAUGUCAGACAGAGUGACUGCUCCACUGUACAGGUCUUUGGACAAGGCUUCAAAGACUCCUAUGAACUCAAGUGUGAAUUUUUGAAGGAAAAGUUUAUAGAUGGUGAGUGGACCCUGGACGAACCUCAGUUUACCCUGGCUACCUUCCUGGAUGUGUCACGUCUGGAGUGUCAGCUCCCCCUGGAGUGCAGACAAGCCACUGCAGGCCUGGACAUGGAUACGGCCACCGACAGACCCCUCGCACGCUGGCAGAUCAAAGUGUCCAACGACGGCUACGGUUACAGCAACGCCAAGAUCCUGACCCUGUUCGAUGGAGCCUGUCAGAUCUGCACGCUCAACGCUGACGUUCUCUGUACCUCCAGGGAGAAAGCAUGCAACAUUGACAGUGUGUGUUAUGGAGAAGGAGACCUCAAUCCCAGCAGCCCUUGCCUGAUAUGCCGACCAGACUCCUCCAAAUACACAUGGUCCAUCGCUGAGAAGAAUGAGCCACCAGUGUUUCAGUCAGCCCAGGGGCGUCUGCAGACGUUCCAGGGAGAGAACUUUGUGUACCAGCUGCAGGCUCAGGACCCAGAAGGCUCUGUGGUGCUGUUCACUCUGGAGUCAGGCCCCAGUGACACCUCCCUCUCCCCCGCUGGCCUGCUCACCUGGAAGGCUACUGACACUGCUGCCUCCUCCUCCACACAGACCUUUCAGUUCACUAUCAAAGACGAUUGCAGUGCUGAGACGCUUGCCUCUGUACAGAUCUCUCUGCGGCCCUGUGGCUGUCUGAACGGAGCUUCCUGUGUUACAAACAUCAACCUCCCCUCUGGCAGCGGGGAGUACCUAUGUGUCUGUCCCGCUGGCUUCACAGGGGACAGGUGUGAGGAGGACAUAGACGACUGUAAACCCAACCCCUGUCGUCUGGUCAAGUGUAUAGACGGACCCAACUCUUUCUCUUGCAUCUGUCCCCCCGGAAUGACCGGUCAUACCUGUAGAGAGGAUGUGGAUGAAUGUGCCGCAGAGCCAUGCUUCCCUGGGGUGGGCUGCAAAAACACACUAGGCUCAUUCACCUGUGGCUUCUGUCCAGAGGGUUACACUGGGGACAUGAAGAAUUGCAGAGGUCACCAGCGUUCUGGCACGGUUAAACCAUCAAACCAGGCCCCCUGCUCCAGACAACCAUGCUACCCAGGGGUGCAGUGCUUUGAGAGCACACACGUGUCCGUAGGGUACAUCUGUGGACCCUGUCCACCUGGGCUCCAUGGCAACGGACACACCUGCAGUAGAAGCACCACAACAGGACAGGGGCCAGUUACCACCAACAGAGAAGAUGGACGUCCUCAAGUGACGGAAGACUCCAGUAGGGAAAACACUGGCACCACCUCCUCCUCUUCUUCCUCUACCUCCUUCUCCCAGAACAGGAGAAAUACUGAGGGGCCCUCAUUGGGUAGCAAGAGAGUCUUCUCCGUGGACAGAAAGACAUCUAUUAGCCCCCAGGACCAAACUAUCACCAGAGUCUCCACCCCCACCAAUCACAACCGAGGUCAGAGCAGCAAGGUGGAACUGACUCCUGACCUCAGCCACAGGGUGAGGUGGGGGUCAUCGUCUCCCAUAGUGACCUGUGCAGACUCUCCCUGCUUCUCCGGUGUGCCCUGCGAGCCCACUGUCUCAGGCUCCUUCAAGUGUGGCCGCUGCCCGUAUGGUUACACUGGAGAUGGGGUCACCUGCAAAGCUGUGUGCCGGUAUCCAUGUGGAAGGAAUAUGGAGUGCUCUCUACCCAAUACCUGCACUUGUAAAGAAGGCUAUACCGGAUAUAACUGCCACAUAGCUGUCUGCCGACCGGACUGCAAGAACCAGGGGAAGUGUGUCAGCCCAGAUGUGUGUGUCUGUCCCGUGGGCUACAGCGGACCAACAUGUGAGGAAGCUAACUGUGAGCCAUCUUGCCAGCAUGGAGGAACCUGUCUGGUCAGGAAUCUCUGCACCUGUCCUUACGGUUACGUGGGACCAAGAUGUGAAAUCAUGGUGUGCAACAGGCACUGUGAAAACGGAGGGGAGUGUAUUUCUCCCGAUGUGUGUGAGUGCAAGUCUGGCUGGUACGGACCAACCUGUAACUCAGCUGUCUGCAAUCCAGUGUGUUUGAAUGGUGGGACUUGUAUCAAACUCAACAUCUGCGCCUGUCCCGGUGGCUUCUAUGGCUCCCAAUGUCAGAUUGCUGUCUGCAGCCCUCCCUGUAAGAAUGGAGGUCAGUGUAUGAGGAACAACGUGUGCUCCUGCCCCGGGGGCUACACAGGGAAGCGGUGUCAGAAGAGUGUGUGCGACCCCAUGUGCAUGAACAAGGGGAAGUGUGUGGGGCCCAACUCCUGUUCCUGUGCCUCUGGGUGGAGGGGGAAGAGGUGUAACAUUCCUGUGUGCCUGCAGAAGUGUAAGAACGGUGGUGAGUGUGUGGGACCCAACACCUGCCACUGUUCCACAGGAUGGGAAGGCCUACAGUGUCAGUCUGCCAUCUGUAAGCAAAGAUGCCUCAACGGGGGAAGGUGUGUCCUGCCCAACUUCUGCCACUGCCGCAAAGGGUACACUGGCGUCACCUGUGGGUUAAAGGCCGCUCUUGCAUAAGGGAAAUGACUGAUGAUGCUGAAGUUUUACAAAAUACAGAGCGCAAGUGGAGAGUCCUUAUUAGUGUGUGUGUGUGUGUGUGUGUGUGUGUGUGUGUGUGUGUGUGUGUGUGUGUGUGUGUGUGUGUGUGUGUGUGUGUGUGUGUGUGUGUGUGUGUAUCUCUGUACAUUAACUGAGGGGCCGGAUAUAUUGCACGUAUCUAAUUGUCCCUGUUUUGUUACUACCUCAAUGCUCAAGGUAGCACAUUGAUGUAAAGCCCUUGCAUAAGAAAUGCAUAACAUAUUCAUAAACAAUGCAUAAUACUGUCUUAAACACUGCAUAUCCAUUCAGAAAUGUUUAUGCCAAUCGUGUUGAUGUCUCAAAAGCUACAUUUACACAGGCAGCCCAAGUCUGAUCUUUUUCCACUAAUAGGUCUUUUGACCAAUCAGAUCAGCUCGUUUAACAAUUGGGCAAAAGAUCAGAAAUGUGCUGCCUAUGUAAACGCAGCCAAACUAUGUAAUCUAACAGAGACAUUAAGUUGUGUAUUUUAAUGCAUACAAAUGUGUUUUAUAGUCUGUAUCCAAGGCUUUUAUUUUUAAAAAGUGUUACUGCACACAGUAUUAUGUUGGAGUAAGAGAAGAGGAUCAGAUGAAAAACGAGUUGAUGGUUUAUUGAAGAACAAUCUGGCUUUAUAAGAUAUUUAUACCCACUUUUCUUUUUGAUUUGUUGUUCCUUGUUAUUGAUUUGGCCAAAGUUUUCAGCUCGGGUUUAUUGUGGUACAGAAAGUGUUUGUUUUUUGUUGCCUAAGCUGUUGUGCACUGUUUCAUACAGUACUUAAUAUGUAUUGAGAAAUAACACUAUUCUUCUUUAUACAUCACACCUGCCCUUGGAAAUGUUAUUAGCUUGUUUGAUUUUUAGGGCCACUG